AACAAGAUGAAUAUUUACAGGGUUUUCCACUGGUGACUGUANGGUUCGGUGAUACGGUGACGGCGAUGUGGUGGGAUGAUCUGUUCCUUCAGGAGGGUUUUGCAGCUUUCUUUGAGCGAUUCAAUAUGCGCAUGGCAAUUCCACAACAGACACCGUACAUACAAACGAAAUGGUUAACACAACGGAUUCAACCAUCACUUCGGCUUGAUGCAAUUAUAAAACGCUCACAUCCUUUGUAUGCGUAUAAUGGACCGGAAUUCGAUCUAAUAACCUAUGGAAAAGGUGCAUCUGUGCUGCGAAUGAUUUACUCGGUGCUUGGAGCGGACAAUUUCCGUUCAUCAUUGCAAGCCUACAUCAAGAAGUAUCAAUUCUCGAACGCAGAUCACGAAAUGCUUUUCGCUGAAUUCACUGCUGUAAUGCAAUUGUUUGUUGAACGCAACUUUUCAUUGACUCAUUCGAAAAACGUGUCGGAUUGGUGUGGCCGCCCUAUAGACGCGUCAUUGUUUCUUAAUCCGUGGUUCCUUCAACAGGAAAACUAUUGGUUUGAUCUGCACAUCGAUGAAGAUGAAUAUUUACAGGGUUUUCCACUGGUGACUGUAACGAAUAAUCAACUGAUGGCUCCGGCAAGCUUCUCGCAACAACCUUUCAACGAGUUCAAGUUGUUACCCCCCAGCGAUUUCAAUUAUUCAUGGCCAAUUCCGUUCAUUUACAGCGAUUAUAAGAACUCUUAUAAAGUACGAAACGAAACCCUAAAGUGGAUCAAACCGGCAUACGAGCAGCAGUGUCCUGCACGUCCUCAUGUUCGUGCGGUGCACUGGAACAUGGGAAACGCUGGUUCACAUGCCCAUCUUCGAGUGCAAUACGAUCACAUUGGCUUUGCACGCCUAAUGCAACGUCUCAAGAAACAUCGAGAUGAAGACUUCAAAAUGCAAGAUCAAAUGGAAUUAAUUGGAGAUCAACUCGCUCUACUCAGGAAGAAAAUGGAUGCGGGUGAGCACUUCUCAUAUAAAAAUCUAAUAGCCGUACUGAAAGCGAUCAUUCCAAAUUCACCGCACUUCGGUGCGUUCGAAAUGGCUCGACUGGUACUUCCGACACUUGAGCGAAUCUUCAUGGAUGGUCCGGACUAUGUUCUCUUC